UGAUUAGACUCAAGACUCGUAAUUAGUCAUCUGUUUGUUCAGUAAAAGAUUUUUACUGUAAAGAUAAUAUGGUAACAUGAUCAUUGAUUAUAAAGUUGAAUACCUAGUCACAUCAAACUAAACUAUAAAAUCCCCCAUUUGCAAUCCAUUCUUUCUCAUCAGUUUACAACAAAUUUUCUUCAGACAAAAAAGAUGAAGCUAUUUACAUCAGUUCUUCUUCUCCUCCUUGUCUUCUCCAAUAGCAUUUUUAUUUGCAAUUCUCAAGCAGGAAGAUUCAAGUAUUAUAUAUUAGCAGUUCAAUUUACUAGGUCUUUAUGCAAUUGUCAGGGAACUCCAGGUUUCUAUUCAUGUGAUCCUAAGUGGAAGCAAGAUCUUCCUACAACAUUUAGCAUUCAUGGGUUGUGGGAGAAUGAUUGGUAUGGGGUGAAGCAAUCCUCUGCAAAAAAAUUCAAUUUGUUUGAGAUAAUAAGUGACGCGACUCUUCGCAAUGGGCUCUAUCGAGAUUGGGUUGAUGCGCAUGUGAUCUACAAAAGUUCAAACAAAGAUGCUGACAGACGAGCUGCCGCAGAGCGAUUUUGGAAGUCGGAAUGGGAUAAACAUGGUAUAUUCACCGGCCUGACUGUUCAUGAAUAUUUCCGCACAACUUCCAAUUUAUUCAGCAGCGUUGGGAAUAUCUAUGCAAGGUUCCAGCAAGAUGGGCUUAUAAUGCCGGGAGGAAAGAUUGAUCUCAAUGAUGUCAUGAACACCCUGACAAUCAUGCUUGGAGGAUUCAGCCCUAAACUGAAGUGUAUCGCUAACCAAUUCGGGGAAGAAUUCCUAUAUGAGGUGGAGUUUUUAUAUGACCGGGCUACGUUAGUGAGACUAAAUCACUUUAAUCCCACCUUUAGAGGGAGCUGCACCAGUGACAUUGUAAGUCUCAAGGUAAACUAAUUGAGUUGAGAUAUUAUGAGUACUAUUGAGUAAAAGGGUCCUAUACUUUCUAGUAAUAUGUUGUAACCAGAUGGUGAAUUUACUUCUAUUAUUAAUAAGGGAUCGAUGUUUCAUUCCUGGCGGAAUCAGCUUGUCAAAACAGUUAUGAUUUAUUUACA